AUGAUCAAAGUCAUUAACACUGACAAGCUUCAUCGGGGCAUUUAUCUUCGGGCGAGUGUCAAUGGAACGAUUGUCUAUCAGUCUGCCAGAAAAGAAGGAAAAAUGGCGAAAGCGAGAAUUCAGUUUGGAGACCUCGGGGAAGGGAACAUGUGGUACGCGUCGAUCCUUUUUGGAGAUAAUUAUGCGGCUUACUAUGGAAGAGGCUUCUACGCUUGGGUGAAAGACUCCGGCAACGAAAAAUGUCCUCCGCCGACGAAAUUGGAAGGAAAUGGAGGAGAAAUCGUCUGUUUUCACGGAAUACUCAAAGAUCCUUACUAA